AUGGCUUUGGUUGCAUCACACUUAGAAGAUACACGUGGAAGGAAGGACCACCCAGAGACUGACAUGCCUCCAGACAUGACCCAGGAACAGACAUGGGCCUGGGAAAUGGUUAAUUUUGAGGCCCUGAGUCAUCCUUCCUGCCAGCAGUCCUGGUGCUGUGGGCCUGUGAACCCAAGCAUAGACACGCUGCUGAGUGAAGCUGCAUUUGGAGAAGCGAGGAAAUACCUGCGAAGGCUGAAGUACAGCCUGUCUGCCGUCUUCCAUUCAGCCAUCAUGUUGCAAGAAGUCGGUGAGGUCAUUCAGUUCGAAGUCAGCAUCGGGAACUAUGGCAACAAGUUUGAUGCAACCUGUAACCCUUUGGCAUCAACAACUCAAUACAGCCGCGCAGUGUUUGAUGGGAACUACUAUUACUACUUACCUUGGGCCCACACAAAGCCCAUCGUCACCCUGACUUCCUACUGGGAGGAUAUUAGUUACCGCCUGGACGCAGUGAAUACUCUCCUAGUCAUGGCAGAAUGGCUGCAAUCAAAUAUAGAGGCUGUAAAAUCAGGGAUCCAAGGUAAAAUUCCUGCAAACCAGUUGGCGGAGGUGUGGCUGCAGCUGAUAGAUGAAGUCAUAGAAGACAUGAGGUACAGUAAUCGGCCUCCUAUCUCCUCAUCCCAGCAUGCCCUGAAUUCUUAGACUGUAAGUGCUUCUCGA